CGACUUUGUGACGAGUGACGACGGUCGUGCACGAGGAGGAGUCGGCCCAUGGAUCGGAGGUGCACCAUGUCGAGUGAACCACGUGAAAACCAAGGACAGGAAAGUGGUGGGGAUCGGCGCGGACAGUGCGAACCCAUCAAAUGCUUCACCUGCGGUGAGGAAGGACAUUAUGCGAAUCAGUGUCGCAAUCCUAAGUCAGGAUGGCGCGGAGCGAGAGCCUCUACGUCUUCAAACUCCCGGGGCUAUCGCUCGUAUUCCUCAAGGAAGCAAUACAGGGGAUCGAGCUCGGAAGAUCGGGAGGUUCAAUCACAGAUCAAGGAGUUCGGCCGAAACUUGGAAUCGAUGCGUGAGUUCAUCGAGGCUCAGCAAGCUGCGAAGGAAGAGCAGCUACGACGAAAGAAUGAGAAGAAAGAAGUUGAGAACCGUGAGAGGGAGGCUGCGGAGGUGAGGGCGAAGAAGGUCGGGAAGAAAGCCGAGAAGACCCGUUUGGAAGAAGAAAGGGUCGCCGCCAUGAAGAAAGAUAUGGAUGUGCAUGUGAAACUAUCGGUGAAGGAGGCCAUGAAGGAAGCGUGGCGUGACUCAGAUCUGCGUGAUGCUUUGAUGGCUGCCAAAGUGGGGGAGAAGAAGAAGGGCAAGCAGAAGGUUAGUUUCACUAGCGACAACGAAUUUUCCGAAUAUGAGUACGUAAGUAGUGGGACGGAGGAGAUUAGAGAGCAUACGGGGAACUUGUCAAUCAACGAGAAGAGGAAGAGGGGGCCUGAGCCUGUGUUCGAAGACAGUCCACCCAUGGAACUGCCUCCGAAGCACACACCUAAGCGUACUCUGAAGCGCGGAACAACCAAGACUUUGAAGAUGACCCCGAUUGGGGCACGAUCCAAGAAGAAGACUAAAGUUCGGCUAUCACCUGCUAUCAAGGAGAAGCUUGCAUCCGCUGUGAAGGUGAAGAUCCCGACGAGCAUUGGCACUGUUGGCCGCUACAAAUUUCGAGAGGCCGUGAUGAAGCAGAUUAAGCACCACGAUGCUAUUACACUGCAGAAUUUGUGUAUUGACGCUGGCAUCCCGUACAAUGGGAAAGUCGAGGCCAUUUUUGACCUCGCGGAUCACCAGGCAGACAUUGCAUACGGUCCGGAAGGCGAAGAUCCCGAGGACACCAACGAACCGAUGGACGACGACGCAGUCGGGACCUCCAAGAAUGUCGAUGAAGCUGAGGUAGACGAGAACUAAUUCAGCUAUGGUAUCACCGAG